AUGGCCGAUAACAACGUGACCGAAGGUGGAAACGCCGCCUUCCACAACUAUGUCAACGACUUUGCUCACAUUGAGGACCCCAACGAGCGACGACGACUCGCCCUGGAGAAGAUUGACAACGCCAGCUUCGGCUGGGAGCACAUUCGAGCCAUCACCGUCGCCGGUGUUGGUUUCAUGACUGAUGCCUACGAUAUCUUCGCCAUUAACCUGGGUAUCACCAUGAUGGGAUACGUCUACUGGGGUCAGACCAUCAACGGUCCCGGUAAGCCCCCCACCUCCACUGCCACUCUGCUCAAGGUGUCCACCUCAGUUGGUACCGUCAUUGGACAGUUUGGUUUCGGUAUUCUUGCCGAUAUCGUUGGCCGAAAGCGAAUCUACGGCUCCGAGCUCAUGCUCAUGAUUGGAGCCACCAUCUCCCAGUGUAUGGCCGGCCAUUCCGAGGCUAUCAACUUUGUUGCCGUUCUUACCUUCUGGCGAAUUGUCAUGGGUAUCGGUAUCGGAGGUGACUACCCUCUGUCUUCCAUUAUCACUUCCGAGUUCGCCACCACCCGAUGGCGAGGUGCCAUGAUGGCUGCUGUCUUCGCCAACCAGGGCUGGGGUCAGCUCAUGGGUGCCAUCGUCUCCAUUGUUUGCAUGGCUGGUUUCAAGAACCAGCUCGAGCCCUCUCACAGCGCCAAGGACUGUGGCAAGGUCUGUCGACAGGCCCUGGACAUGUCCUGGCGAAUUCUGGUCGGAUGGGGUUGUGUCCCUGCCAUGGCCGCUCUCUACUUCCGACUGACCAUUCCCGAGACCCCCCGAUACACCUUUGAUGUGUCUCGAGACAUUGAAAAGGCCCAGAAGGACAUUGAAAAGUACACCAACGGUGACACCAGCGGCGAUAACUCCGACAAGAACGAUGAGAUUGAGGCUCUGCGAGCCAAGGCCGAGGCCCUGGCCACCCAGCAGGCUUCUUACGCUCCCCCCAAGGCUUCCUUCAAGGAUUUCUGCCGACAUUUCGGACAGUGGAAGCACGGAAAGAUUCUCAUUGGUACCGCCGGCUCGUGGUUCUUCCUGGAUAUUGCCUUCUACGGUCUUGGUCUGAACAACUCCCAGAUUCUUAAGGCUAUCCAUUUCGAUAAGGGAGACAACCUGUACUCUACUCUGAUGAAGAACUCCAUCGGUAACCUGAUUCUUGUCUGUGCCGGAGCCAUUCCCGGAUACUGGAUUUCUGUGGUCACCAUCGAUACCAUUGGCCGAAAGCCCAUUCAGAUUGGAGGUUUCCUCAUUCUGGUUGCUCUCUUCUGUAUUAUCGGUUUCGGAUACUACAAGAUCCACGAUGGAGGUCUGCUUGCAUGCUACAUUCUGUGUCAGCUCUUUGAAAACUUUGGCCCCAACACCACCACCUUCAUUGUUCCCGGAGAGGUGUUCCCCACCCGAUACCGAUCUUCGGCCCACGGUAUCUCUGCCGCUGCUGGUAAGAUCGGAGCUAUUAUCGCCCAGGUCGUUAUUGGUACUCUGAUUGACCACAACUGUGCUCGAGACGGUAAGCCCGCCGGAUGUUGGCUUAACCACGUCAUGGAGAUUUUCGCCCUCUUCAUGCUCUGUGGAUUCUUCGUCUCCUUCCUCAUUCCCGAGACCAAGCGAAAGACCCUCGAACAGCUGUCCGAGGAGCUGCAUGGUGAGAUCCAGUGGCGACCCCCCCACGAGAUGGAGCACUCUUCUCAUGACUUCAAUGAGGAGGAGAAGUCGGUCUAA